AUGAGCGGGACUGAUGAAAAGCCCUACAAAGUGCGCAAGCGGCGCUCCGCGCGCGCAUGCGAGGUGUGCCACGACAGGAAAGUGCGCUGUGAUGCCAACGUCCGCAUGCCUUGCAGUUCUUGCCAGGCUUUUGGUCUAGUGUGUCGGCUGCGCGAGAAAAAGGGCAAACGUGGCCGCCCAGCCAGGUCCGCUGGCGUCGGCGGCGCCGCCGACGCCAGCUCUUCGGCCGCCACGGCCCCGAUGCCCGCCGCCGCCGCCGCAGUGCGUGAUGUGGCCUCCGCCGCCGCUUGCGCGAACCCCAACAACUCCAGCGACCGCGCGCCCCUGGCGCCGCCCCUACAGGGCUCGGGCGCCGCCAGUAGCCGCGCGGCAGGGAUCCACGGCGCCCGGCCGGGUCCCGCCGGCGUCACUGCCGCCGGGAUCAACGUCACGCUCUCCCAGACCGGGGCCAGCGCCGGGGCGGCGGCCAGUGCCAAUGCCAGUGCCAGUUCCAGCGCCCGUGCCAGCGCCAGCGCCAAUGCUGGCGCCGGCACUGCAGCCGCUACCGCCGCCGCCGCUGCACACGACGACCAGGCCGUGCGCGAAACCGUCUCCAACGGCAUGUCGUUCGGCGACGAGUAUUUGCGCAGCCACGGCCUCGAACCCGGGGUCUACUACGAGGCCGCCCGCCAAGAUCGCGAGCGCGUUUACGUCUACUUCGGAUCGUCGUCAUUUCUCAGCCUGCUGGCAGGGUCCCCCUUCGGAGAAGGCUGCAACUUCGCAUCCGCCGAGAAACUGCGCGCCUCGCUGCCGCAAAGCGGGUUCGGAACCCCUGCCGUCGCAAACAUGGAGCUUUUGCGCAUCGCGGGCGCGUUCCUACUACCCGCCAAAGAAAUCUGCGACGAACUCGUACAACUCUACUUCCAUCACAUCCACCCUCUGAUGCCCCUCAUGGACCGUACAGAGUUCAUGCGCGAUUACCGCCAGCACUCGUGCUCCAUUUUCCUGUUGCAAGCCAUGCUCUGCGUCGCUGUCAAGCUCUCGCCCAAUCCCCGGCUCACGGGCUCCGACGGCUCCACCGACCUCGCUUCCAACAUCUUCUACCAGCGCGCAAAGGCGCUCUACGACAGCAGGUACGAGGAAAACGAAAUCUGUCUUUUGCAAGGCAUGAUCUUGCUCAGCAAACAGUCCUUCAACGAGAAAAAUACCAUCCACAUGCCCAUGUAUUUCAUCAAGAACGCCAUCAUUGUCGCGCAAACUUACGGCCUGCACCGCUCCGCAGAGUUCCACCCGACCCUCACCAACAACGAGAAAAAGGCCCGCAAGCUCAUAUGGUGGAUCCUGUACGUGAUCGACGCUUUUGCGUCGGUCGCCAUCGGCAGGCCCCAGGCCAUCAACCUCGACGACUGCGACGUGCCCGUGCUCACUCACGACGACUUCAACUUCGACGGCCAGCGGCCCGAGCACCGUCCCCCGCCGGACUACAUGGACUGCAUCAUCUGCACCGUCCAGAUCGCGGAGAUCAUGUCGCGCAUCUCAAAGGAGCUGAGCAGACCUUCCAACAGGCAAUGUGACGCCACUACUCUCAUCCAACACUUUGAUUUUUUACUCCAAAGAUGGCGCCUCAACCUGCCGCAGUCUCUCGCCUAUAAUUCCAACGCAGAGAUCUUUACCAAGCACUCCAUUCCCAAGGCCUUCGUCAAUGCCCUCUACUAUAAGACUUUGUGCCUCCUUCACAAGUCCAACAUACACGAUGUCAUCUGCACCUCCCCCGAUGGUUACAACUCCGCAGGUAUCGCGUUCCAGGCUGCCCACUCCCUGAGUCUCAUCGGCCAAAUCCUACUGGACAGAAACGAACUGUCCUAUUUCUACGUCUCACACGCCUACUGUUUCUUCGAGGCUCUGAUCAUCUUUGUCCAUCACAUGUACGAUCCCAAGUCUCUAUUUGCAGAUAUAGCCUUGAAAUGCUUCCACGUGUUGGAACGCGUGUUGCAAAGAUUCGGCACGCAAUGGAACUCCUGUGCUCUGCUGAGUAAGCUCAUAUUCAUGUUCAGUCAAAAACCUGAUUAUAUCAGAGAAGUGGUACAUCGCUUCAAGCAAAAUUUAAAGACUAGAACCGACCCCAACAUCCCCAUCGAGGUCCCAGAUUCCAAACGCGAAUCCUUCAGCUCCCCAAGCUUGCCGCCGGGUCCGCGCGAAUGGUCUAUGCCGAAACUGAACCCUCAAUUCCAAGGAGAUACCAAACAAUCCACAACCCCAAUGUACCCUAAUUCACAAUACGUGGUCGCUGGCCAAACGGAAAUGUACCCUGCGCAAAUUCAAUUGGGCGCUCAAAACAUAGACGCGACCGCGAGAUCCGCACCCAUUCCUACCCAAUUGCAAUUCGUACCUGCAGGUCCCAUUAUCUCCUCUCUUCAACGGCCGCCCCACCAACAUCACACACCACCACAGCCGCGCCCAACCAGUGUGCAUUACGCAUUACCAGAACUCAAUUUCACCACCACUACCAUCACCAGCGACGCCCACCGUGAAACUGAGUUCGAUCCCCAUCAACUUUUUCCAGACGUUUCCGAACCCUUACCACCAGAUUUCCAAUUUGUAAGUAGUCAAUCGUUUGUGCCUGCUGAUGAUGCAUUUUAUAGAGGCGAUGACGUUGAACAAACAGGGGUGAAAUUGGAACAAAAGAGCCAUCCAAACUCCGACUCGACCGCCGAAGAGACUCAUCAUCAUACCGAUCCGAGAACCGACGAAUGGGAACAGCAAAAAAAAACUGCCACUGCGGCCCCCAAGACUUCUAUUCCACUUCCUCCAGGUUUUUGGGACAGUGUUAAAGUUAACCUUAACUUCUUCUCUCCUUCAGAUACUUUCCCAUGGCCUGCCGAGCCGCAUAACCAUAACGCUGACGAGGAGUAUUCUCAUAAUGAAAACGAAAAGAGCGGCUGGCCUCAAAACUCGAGUUAA